AUGGUCAUCACGUCAUUCGGCCAAUCGCCUGCCUCUCUACUGGGGCUUUCCAUCAUGGCGUCUAUGCAGAAGCGAUUACAAAAGGAAUUGUUGGCAUUGCAAAGUGAUCCACCUCCUGGAAUGACACUUAAUGAGAGAAGUGUGCAGAACACAAUCACUGAGUGGUUGAUAGAUAUGGAAGGUGCUCCAGGUACUCUCUAUGAAGGAGAGAAGUUUCAGCUCCUCUUCAAAUUCAGUAGUCGAUAUCCUUUUGAUUCACCUCAGGUAAUGUUCACUGGAGAAAAUAUACCUGUCCAUCCGCACGUCUAUAGCAACGGUCACAUUUGUCUAUCUAUUUUAACGGAGGACUGGUCACCAGCUCUGUCUGUGCAAUCUGUUUGUUUAAGCAUUAUUAGCAUGCUUUCAAGCUGCAAAGAAAAGCGACGUCCUCCAGAUAACUCCUUUUAUGUAAAGACAUGUAAUAAGAAUCCAAAGAAAACCAAGUGGUGGUAUCAUGAUGAUACAUGCUAGUAUCCACAUCGUUUUGAUAUAUAAACAGACUUUUCCAAGUACAUCAAGUACUUUAUGAUGCAGUCUUUGGGAUAAGACUGAACCAGCAGACCCUGGAAUGGUGAUUUAUGUAUGGAUUAGGCGUACACUUCUGCUAACUAGAAAUAGUGCUGAAAAACUGCAGGAAUGUAACCCACCCGGCAAGUAUAUUCUGAUGGAAGCAAGAUGUGGAGCUUUUUUUUAAUGUUUGAUUUACGUUGUAUUGUUUUCUUUCAUAAGCCUCUAAGGGUUUGCACCGAUUGUGCAAUAAUAGCUUCAAUGUAGGUUUUGAAUAAAAGGAAAGUGCAAAUCAGAAAACCAGCUACUGUAAUGGAUCAGUCAUCAAAUGCAGAGACAGAUGUCUAUUCUUGCUUGGUUAUGCACUGUGAAAUUUGAACAGGGCACAUUUUUACAUGUAUUUUAUGUAAUAUUUUAGCUGUAUAUUUUAAAACCAUAGUUUCUUUAAAACAUAAGCCAUUUUAAGUUGAAUAUUGUGGGUGUGGUGUAUAGUACUAUUCUGAUAAAUGUCAUAUUUACGGAUAUGUACAGAUUUAAUGCAGGGUGUUGAUCAUACGACAUGAUCUUAAAGGGUAUUUGGAAUUACACAAAUGCUUUAUGGGUUAGGAUUCAAGCACUGGUUUUAUAGAUGGACCCCCAUUUUGUGUAGUUAAAACAAGAGAUAACUUUACGCAUAAUCACUUGAUCUUUUAUGUAAAGCUCUGUCUAGUAAUAUUAAAAUUGUCUGUUUGAUUUCAUGAUUUAUCCUACUCUACUGUGCUGGGAAAGGUUCUUUUAAAAAGAUGAAUUUUCCAUGCCGUUAGCAUUAGAAAAAGUAAAGUAUGUCUUCAUUGUUUUGUUAAAACUUUAUUUAACUUUAUUUAAAAGAAAUGUUCUUAUUAAAGUAAUAUAUUUUGAAAUGCUGUCAUGUAUUUCAAUUAGACUAUUUUAUAAAUGUA